GGCUAUUGAUAUGGUUUCGUUAUUGUAGUGGUUCAUCAAAUUAUACUCCAUAAGUUGGCUCAAACAUUUAUGGCAAGUGACCAAGAAGCAUCUUCCUCAAACUCUGCUAACUCCAAUUCAACCAGAGGAGCCUGCAAGUAUGUUUUCUUGAGUUUCAGGGGUGAAGACACUCGUAGGGGCUUCUUAAACUACUUGUUUCAUGCAUUAAAUAGGAGUGGGUUUAGAGUUUUCAGGGAUGAUAAUGAACUCAGAAGGGGACAAGUUAUCUCAUAGGAGCUGCCACAAGCAAUUGAAGAAUCUCGCUUUGCAAUUGUUGUCCUCUCUGAAAAUUAUGCCUCUUCUUCAUGGUGUUUAGAUGAGUUUCAACAUAUUCUUGCUUCCAGAAAUGAAUUGGGUCAACAAGUUUUCCCCAUCUUUUAUCAUGUAGAUCCAUUUGACAUGAGAAACCAACGAAACAGCUUUAGUAAAGCAUUCGCCAAACUUGGACUGAAGUCCCAUGAAGACCAAUCCAAGGUGCAAAAAUGGAGGGAUUCUCUGACAAAAGUGGCUAAUUUAUCUGGAUUUAAUCCCCGCCAAUAUGGGUAUGAAACAGAACUUAUUGACCAAGUAGUUGAACAUUUAUGGGACCAAUUUCAUUCUGAACUGCUGCCACGGCACACUAAUACACUGACUGGAAUUGAUUGGAGAGUGGACGAAAUGUAUUCUCUCUUAGGGAUAGGGUUGGAUGGUGCUCGGUUGAUAGGAAUAUGGGGUAUGGGAGGUGUUGGCAAGACAGCUCUUGCUAGAGCUAUCUAUGACAUGUUUCAUAACCAAUUUGACUUCCAUUGCUUUCUUGCCAAUGCCAGGGAGGUCUCAGAAAUGAAUGGCCUAGUUCACUUGCAAAGUAGACUGCUUGCACUUCUCAAGAUUAGAAACAUAGAAAUUGAAGACAAGCAUGAAGGAAAGAAAACAACGGGAUACCUUUUUUGCCAUAGGAAGGUUAUGCUUGUCCUUGAUGAUGUGAAUCUUAUGAGCCAAUAAGAGAAUUUAGUUGGAAGCGGGGAGUGGUUUGGUGAUAGAAGUAGAAUAAUUAUAACAACUAGAGAUGUCUGCUUGUUGAGAUCCCAUAAUGUGGAUGGAGUAUCUGAGGUUAAACCAAUGAAUGAUGAUGAGUGUCUUCAACUCUUUUGUCAAAAAGCAUUUAGAAGAGAUCAACCAAAAAAGAGUUUUUCGGAAUUGUCUAAAUUAGUAAUUAAUUAUUCAAAUGGCCUUCCUUUGGCUCUAUGUGUUUUUGGUUCCUUCUUUUCAGGACGAAGGGGAAUUGAAUGGGAAGAUGCUUUGGAUAUGUUGAAAAAGUACUCAAAUAAUGAUGUUUUCAAGAUACUUAGAUUAAGUUAUGUUGCAUUAAACCAUGUGGAAAAAACAAUAUUUUUGGAUAUUGCCUGUUUUUUUAAUAUGUGGGGCAAGGAUGAAGUAACACAAAUAUUGGUAAGCUGUGGUUUUGAGGCAACAAUUGGUAUGAAAAAUCUUAUUGACAAAUCAUUGCUAGUUGAAAUUGAGCUCGGUAAUAUCAAGUACAUAAAGAUGCAUGAUUUGGUUCAACAAAUGGGUAGACUUAUUGUUUUUGAUGAAUCUCGUGAUGUUGUUGCUAGGCGUAGUAGAUUGUGGUUUUCUCAUGACAUUGAUCAAGUACUAAAUAGAAAUACGGGAACUAAAGCAACAGAAGGUGUGGUUUUGCCCUUCACCUUUGCAAAAGAUGAAGCAAAUUGGAAUCCUGUAUCUUUCUUAAGGAUGCGUCAGCUUCGAUUAUUCAUCAUAUCAUGUAAAUUUAACCUUCCUCGUGGUCUCAUGGGCUUUCCUUGGACAUUAAAAGUUCUUCAUUGGUAUGGAUAUCCUCUCAGAGAUCUUCCGUUGAAUGUGAAACUUUAUGAACUUGUAUAUCUCAAGAUGCACAAUAGCAAAAUAAAGCGACUUUCUCACGGUACACAAUUUAUGGAGAAUCUAAAGAUCUUGGACUUGAGCCAUUCCAAAGACCUCAUUGAAAGUCCAGAAUUUUAUGGACUCCGAAAUUUAGAAAGGUUAGUCCUUGAAGGUUGCACAAAACUUUUUGCAAUUCAUCCUUCGCUUGGACAACACCAACGACUUCUUGUGGCAAAUUUGAAAGGUUGUGUGAAUCUAAAAAGUCUUCCGAGACAAUUGGAAAUGACAUGUCUAAUAGAAUUUGUUCUAGAAGAGACUGGCAUAGUAGAUCUUCCUGACACACUUGGAUCCCUAACUAGUGUUGAAGUUUUGAAUUUUAGAAGUUGCAGAAAUCUUCAAUUCCUCCCAAGAAAAUUGGACAUGAAUUCUUUGAAGGAAUUUGUUCUUUGUGGAUGCACACUAGUUAGAAAUCUUCCAGAAUUUGGGGAAAAUAUGAAAAAUCUCAUAACACUUGAUGUCCAAGAGACAAGUAUAGCGAAGCUUCCUGAAUCUCUUGGAUCUUUAGCUAGUCUCCAAACUUUGAAUUCAAGGGAUUGCAAAUAUCUUGUUGGCCUUCCCUCUAAUUUUCACAAAUUGAAACACUUGAAAGUUCUCAAUAUUUCUGGUUGUUCAGCUUUUUGUAAAUUGCCAGAAAACAUUAACGAAAAUGAAGCCUUGGAAAUUCUUGAUGCUAGCAAAACUGCCAUAACAGAAGUACCUUCUUCCAUUGGUCAUUUACAAGGACUCAAGACACUGUUAUUUCAUGGAUGCUGUUCUGGUCCUAAGGGCUUAACGUUGCCUGAUUCUAUCUUCAAUCUUAAAUCAUUGACAAAUUUAGAUUUAAGCAACUGCAAUAUUGAUGAUAGAAUCAUUCAUUUCGAUCUCGGUGGCCUAUCAUCAUUGAAGAAAUUAGAUCUAAGUGGAAACAUGUUUGUAAAUCUACCAGCUAGCUGCAUCUCUAAUCUUUUGGAUCUACAAUUUCUUUAUUUGAAUUCUUGCCCAAGGCUCCAAUUGUUGCCACAGCCUUCACCAGGUUUAAAUCUAAUGGAUGCAGGAGAUUGUGCUUCACUGACUGCUCUGUCAGAUGUAAAAUUGUUGCAUCUCUUUGCUUCACUUAACCAGAGUGGACAAUAUGCUAAAAGGCUAUCGCAUAGAUUGAAUGCUGAUUCAUUGGCAUCACUAUCAUUCCAAGCCUUGUUAGUUAGUAUUCCAGGGAGGGAGAUACCAUCGUGGUUUGAGAACCAAAACUAUCUUUCCGAAUCUAAAAGUUCAAUAAUACUAGACAUCCCUCCAUGUGAAUGGCUUGGAUUUGUGUUAUGCAUUGUGCUAGAAGAUGACAUGUUCUAUUCCACUGAGGCCUUUGGACUCUCUCUUCUUGCAAAAGCUUCCAAUGGUGAUAUUGUAUUCCUUCAUGGAACUGGACGUGAACUUGAGAAAGAAAUAAGUUCACCUCACUUGUGGAUCCUAUUCGGGCAAAUUGGAAGGCAAAGUGGUGCGCGUUUCUCAAUGGAUUACAACCAGCUCCUCUUGAAAUUUGAAGCUCGAAAGAAUGAUGUACUGAGUUCCAUUAAGUGUGGGUGGCGGCUCAUGGACAAAAUAGAUUUUGAAAACCUCCUUUCAACUGUGCAAGAGCUUGAGGAUCAAGAAAACGUAAGGUCCUCCGAUGUUGAAGAACAAAGACACUGUUAUUCUUCAGUGAGUGUGAGCCACCGAACCAUAGUCAAUGAAUGUGAAACCGAGUCUCCAGAGUCUUCUUCUUCACUCUUAGAAAAGGAAAGCAAUUUAUGUGACUUACCGAUGCAUUUUAGUACUGACAAUGCAAGCCAAUGCGAACAUAAUCAUUGUGACUUCGCUCCUGCCAUUGCGGAUCCAACCAUCACAGUGCCCCCCAUAGCCAUCUAUUCACCUUCUUCAUCAAAUUUCCGUCCAUCCGAGAGUGUAACUAGCCAGGCUAAUUCAGAAAAAGGGGAUGAGGCAGGUACUGCGAUUGAAUUGGAUUGGACAGGUGGUAGUGGCGACAGAGGAGGGAAGAGGAGACUAGUGGGAGUGUUAAUGACGGAGAAAGCUUUGGACAACAAGAAGGUGAUGAGCAUGCUUAGACAAGAUUGGAAUAUGCUAAAAGAGGAGGUGGAUAUCUUGGAAUUAGAAAUUAAUGCAUAUCUGUUUACCUUUGAGAUUGAGGAGGAUUACAUUAGGGUAUUAAGAAGUAGACCUUGGUACAUCUCAGGAUGUCUACUGAAUAUCCAAGAAUGGACAGAGUAUAUAGUGUUAUCAGACGGAAGAUUCAACAUGUCACCUUUCUGGGUACAAUUUCAUAAUGUACCUCUAAGGGCUAUGACCGUGAGUAAUCUUAUGAAAUUAGGAAAAAGGAUAGGUGAGGUACUAAUGGUUGAAUGUCCGAUUGUUAAUGGAAGGAUAAUUAGGAGUUGUGCAAGGGCAAGGAUCAAUGUUGAUCUAAGUCGCCCACUAGUGACAGGGUUUUGGAUUUUGAGACCAGAGCUGCCAAAGCUAUGGAGCUCAGUGAGGUAUGAAAGACUCGAGAAUCUUUGCUGCAAGUGUGGAUUUAUAGGGCAUGAUUCGAGAAUCUGCAAUGCAGAAAGGGAGAUGGCAGUGAUGGAUCCUACAAAACCUAUGUAUGGUUCAUGGCUCAGUGUUAGUCCUGAGAGAAACUGUGAUUAUGCUAUGCAUGUUUGUGAACAAGGAUGGUUUGAAGUUGUAGGGGGUGGUGAGAAGAAGAUGCGAUUCAAUACUCACAAUGCAAGGUACUGUAUAGUUAGACAACAGAACUUUGCUCCCGUCAUUGCAAAUCCAGCCAUCACAGCACAGCCGCCUGCUGCCAUCGAAUCACCUUCUUCAUCGAACUGCCAUCCACAUGAGAGUGUGACUAUUGAGUCUCAGGAAGAAAUAAUUUGCUCUUAUGAUUCAAUUGAUGGCAUAAAAGUUUCCUCCCCAAAGCAGAAUCCUUCAUGGGAGAGAAAUCCUAUUGCUGGUGACACACUUGUGGUUAAUACUAUUUCCGAGGCCUACUCAAUAGAGUCUGAGAAAACAAACCCUGAGAAGAUACUUGAAGAACUUUUUCAAGUUCCAGACUUAGAAGACACUGAGUUGCUGCAAACAUAUGAUAUGCUGACCAGUGAUGGAAGAAAAUAUGAGUUAUUUAAGUCUCUUCCUAUGCGAUUAAGAAAACCUUGGAUUUUAAUGCAAAUUAAAAAAUAUUUAAGUUAAUCUGUAAUUUUUAUAAACCUUAGUGACACAUUCACAAAAUCAUUGUGCUACUUAGCAUUGUCA